AUGGGGUUCAAUGAUGGUUCGAACCCAUGUCCGCCGGCUUAUCUCCUCGCUGAAGAAGGUAUGCCGACACAGUCGAAACCCGCCCAUAGAGCUUGGGUUCGGCAAGAUCAGGCUCUCUUGUCCAUGGUCAUGUCCUCGCUGUUUGACGAGGUGAUGUCGUUGGCCAUCGGACACCACACCAGCCGGUCUAUUUUGCAGGCAGUCGUCAAUGCGUUGGCUUCGUCGUCCAGGUCUCGGUCCUUGAAUCUCCUAGGGCAGUUACAGUCUCUUCACCAAGGAGACAGAUCGGUCGCGGACUACAUUAGCAAGGCUUGGGUCUUGGUGGAAGACCUCACCCUCGCUGGCCGGUCGAUUACCCUUGAGGAGCAGAACCUCUACGUUCUCAAGGGUUUACAACCGGAAUUUCGCUCUCUAGCAUCCUCCCUUAAUAUACGUGGACAACCAGUUACGCUCCAGGAGCUUGCUGACCUCCUAGGCACGGAGGAGUUCCUUUCGGGCGGCGAAGCUGGAGGUGGUUCGCCGACUGCUUUUACGGUGCAGCGGGGCAGACAAAAACGUGGUCGGGGUGGCCAAUCGCGUAGAGGAGGUGGCAGUGGCGGUGGCCGAAAUUGCGGCGACAGGAAUGAACAAGUGUUUUAUGUUUCUGAUCCUGUUGAUAAUAAGUGGUCAAUUGUGUUACAAAGCAAAAGAUCUAUUGUUGGUGUUGGUGAUGUUGUGGAUGAAGAAGAGUAUGAUCAUUUUGAUGAAACUCCUCCAUUUUCUAUUGGUGUUCAGUCUUUACCUUUAGAAGAAGAUAACUUUGAAAUAAGUUACAUGCGUAGCAAUCAUGAAGAAGGAUUGUGGGUUUAUAAUAGGACAUCAUAA